UAUAAAUAAUAUAACGUCUGUGUGGACAAAUAUUGGUAUAAUAGUUAUGGCGAUGCAGGCAAAAGAUAAUGUGAUGACAAUAUAAUAAUACAAACGUAACUUCGUAUAGCGUUCAUUCUGUUCAAAGUCAAAAGAAGGCUUAUUUUCCUACAAACGAAUUCGGAAUCAUACUAUUUUGUUGUGUCUAUCAAAUUAACAUCAUAAUUUUGUCGGGUCUCUGGCCUAGAAAGAAGCAAGUUUUCUUAUUGAUCAGACAUUUCAUUUGGAGUUUACUUAUAUUGUCAGCCGUCAGACAAAAAAUACAAUCUACCAUGAAGACUUGGGCAACCGGGUGUAUUUUUCUUCUGUUAGCAGAUUUCUUUCUGAACACUACAAGAGCCAUUGGUUUAUUACAAAUAACUGACGUUAAUGUGUCAGCAAAUUAUGCACCAGAACUUGCGAUUGAUGGUGAUUGGGAAACGUUCGCUGAAUCAGCAAAGGAUGUGGACCCUGCAAUAAUUUUUCAAUUUCCAGAAUCUGUUCUUAUUACUCACAUCAGUUUUGGGAUGAAUGUUUCUUCUUUCCUUGCCGUACCAACUUCGGGAGAUAUUUCAUCCUUUGUCCAGUGUGACUUCGAAAAUACAGGUAUUUGUAACUUUGUACCAGACUCAACGUGUGAUUUUCAUUGGACAAGGUUGUUUACGUGUGAUUUUCAUUGGACAAGAGUUUUUGGACAAAAAACACCUUCAUCUAACACUGAGCCUUGGUUUGACCACACACACGAAUUAGCACCAGGAUACUACUUGAACAUCGAAAAAUCAAUGCCAAGGAACAACACGGACGCCGCUCGCCUCCGGACACCGUCAUAUCUUGCAACAAAUGGCCAGUGCAUCGAGUGGUUCUACUACAUGAACGGAUCCACAAUGAACACAUUAAAUGUGUAUGUAGUCGAUAAUACCGAUAAUGUUAGUACACUUGUUUGGACAAAAACAAACAACCAAGGAAGCGAUUGGAUAUUUGGACAGGUCUCAGUUGUAUUUAAUGGUACCUAUCACGUAGUGUUUGAAGGAAUUGCAGGAGAAAAUUUCACAGGCGAGAUUGGUUUAGAUGACGUCAUGAUCACCGAUGGAGCAUGUGUUUCGGACCAAACUGCAAGCAAUGUUUCAUCAUUUAUCCUAUGUGAUUUCGAAGAUACAAGUAUUUGUAACUUCGUACAACUCAAAUCUGACGACUUUGACUGGACGCGAGCAUUUGAACCAACACCUGGAACUCGUUCCCCGUAUAACGACACAAGCGAAAUAAGAUCAGCUGGAUACUACAUGUACAUUGAAACUUCAAAGCCGAGGAACCAUACUAACGCCGCUCGCCUUCGGACACCGUCAUAUUCCACAACAAAUGGCUUGUGUAUCGAGUGGUUUUACCGCAUGUACGGGGACACAGCGAACACGUUAAAUGUGUAUGUAGUCGAUAGUACCAAUGAUGUCAGUACAUUUGAUUGGACAGAAACAAGCAACGAAGAACACGAUUGGAUAUUCGAACAAAUCUCAGUUGCAACAAGUGGUACCUAUCACACAGUGUUUGAAGGAAUAGCAGGAAGCAGUGGCACAAGUAACAUUGGUUUAGAUGACGUCAGGAUCACGGAAGGAGAAUGUUUGGUGAAACCACCUGUCUCAGUACGAGUUGGAAGUUCGGUUAACAUCAAAGACAACACAUUGUGUGGUAAUGUAACAGUUGGUUACAUCAAUGAUGAAUACACAUUGAAUAUGGCGUGUAUUGGAAAGUACUUAUCGUUCCAAGCGAAUUGUUUUGACUGCUCUCUUCAGUUUUAUGAGCUUGACUUGCAAGCAAUUACAGAUACUCAGCCGAUUGAAUAUGAAGGAUACUAUCAUAACGGAAACUGUCACAUGAUCCUCAAUGAAACAGUUGAUUGGCUGUCAGCGCGUACAAAUUGUGAAGCAGAAGGAGAAUCGAGUCAUCUUGUUACCAUCGACUCACAAGAAGAGAACAGCUUCAUUUUCGAGAUUAUCCGUCAUGAGAAUGUUUCGUCAACUUGGAUAGGUCUGAAAAAGAAGAAUUCUUCUAUUGAUUGGGUAGAUGGAGAGGGCAAUGCAUUUAGUAACUUCAACGAAGAAAAUAACGAUACAGAGGCUUGUGUAUCCAUGGGUAAUGAUGAAUCACCAACGUGGAAUUGGAAAAACUGUGCCAAUUCUGUCACGUCCAUUUGCCAGAAAUCAGCAUCGAACCGAGGGAUCGACUACAAGAAAUAUAAUUCUCAAAAGCGUAUCAAAUUGGACAGAACGGCUAAGAAGUAUGAUAACGUGACAUCGUCUGGAUCGUGCUCACUGUAUUGUAUGGGUUACACCAGAUGCAUCUCAUUCUCAUUUAGUCCGUUAAACGGAGAGUGUAGGUUAAGCGAUACCAUAGAGACUAACUUAACAGAUGACAUUUUUGCUAAUUAUUUUGUGCAGAAUCAUUUGUUUGAAAAGUGCAACUUCUAAAGCAAAUACGAAAAUGCUUCACUCUAUGAAAAACUGUAAUAACGUUUUUAUUGAGUGUCGGUAUUUGGAUAAUUUUGUUGCUAAUAUUACAAGUCUAUUAUACAAGUAUUAAUUACUGAAUUUAUUCUUUGAUCAUUAUAGGAAAAUUAUGUAGAAGAAAACAAAUUAGGUUGUUGUCCUCUAUAAAAUUUGUUAUUUCUCCUUGAGUCUUCAAGCAUCAACAUAUAAUGUCUGCAAUAAGCAGUGGAAAAAAACCUUUCACAUUUAGAUUAAAACAAUGAACAGAUAAUUUAAUUGAAAUGAAGAGACACUUUAAUUGAAUUAAAUUUGUAAUUUCAUUAAGACUAACGUAAACGUACAUUUUAAUGUUUUACUAUGAAGAUUCUUAGAUUGAUCAAAAAUCAAAUUUUACGGUCACACAUUCAAAGAAUAUAUAUAAACGGUAUUAUUAUGUUAUGUAUCUGUUAAAGCCAGAUGCUGAGAGAAUUUUUUUUUAUAUGUUCAACUGAUUCUUCUAAGGCACAUAAUGGAUGUUUGAUGAAAAACUCGUUAACGGUUAAUGAGUAAAUGAGGAGGAGUUGCCUGAAACAAGAAAAUUGUUGUUGACGGGCAAUG